CCUCGCAGUGUGUGGACAUCACUAACUCGUUUCCUAGAGAAGCUUUCUUGAAAAGGUUGUGAAAAAUGUCGUUGGAGAGUUUCGGUGACAUUCACGCGCUUCCGGAGGACUGCAUAGCCAACGCCCUAUCGCUCACGAGCCCUAAGGACGCCUGCCGGCUGUCGGCGGUCGCCUCCACGUUCCGCUCCGCCUCCCAAUCCGACGUCGUUUGGGGUCGGUUCCUACCGUCCGAUUACCGUGAUCUGAUAGCCGGUGCCGUCGACGGCCCUGAUGCCCUGCUUUCUAAAUUCCGUUCUAAAAAGGACCUGUAUCUGCACCUGUGUGAUCAUCCGAUUCUCAUCGAUGGCGGCCGCAAGAAAGGCAAUUGCCUUAUGACAUUGGCAGCUCAAAAUGAUCAUCUUGAACAGAGCUUUUCAUUAGAGAAAUGCAGUGGAAAGAAAUGCUACAUGAUAGCAGCAAGAGAUAUCCAUAUCGUUUGGGGCGAUACUCCUGAAUAUUGGCAAUGGAUCUCUCUUCCCGAGUCUAGGUUCCCUGAGGUGGCAGAGCUUCUUGCCGUGUGCUUGUUUGAGAUACGGGGCAAAAUUAGUACCAAGAUGCUUUCGCCAGGCACAUGCUACGUGGCAUACCUAGUGUUCACCCUCAAACCGGAGGCUGAUGGAUUCUAUAACAACCCGGCCGAGGCUUUUGUGGAAUUGGCCGGUCAUGAGAGUGAAAGGCGCUCCGUGUUUAUACAUUCGGACGGGGCCCACACUGCUAAUGAUAGCAAGCACCCGACACAGAGGGGUGACGGGUGGAUGGAAGUCGAGUUGGGAGAGUAUUUUGUCGAGGGAGGAGAAGAUGCUGAUCUGGAGUUGGGCGUGCAUAACGUGUGGAACAUGAGGAACGGUAACUGGAAAAGUGGCUUCGUUUUUCAGGGGAUUGAGGUCAGGCCCAAAGCCGUAAGUAGUUAAAGAUGGUGAUCUUGGCUUAAUUCAUGUCAAUAGUCGUAAUUUCUGAAUCUUCUGUUGUUGUACCCGUCUUUUGGCACGACGAUGCUUUUCGUUGCUUAUGUGUUUUCCAGUCUUGACAUUUUGUUUGUUGAUAGUUAUAAUUUCGGAAUCUUUUGUUGUUGUACCCGUGUGUUUUCCAGUCUUGACAUUUUGUAUGUUGAUGGUUAUAAUUUCUGAAUCUUCUGUUGUUGUACCCG